ACAAAAAUCCCACGUACCAUAAGCCCUAAGGAGUAGCCACUCCUCGUUACUGGAAACAAAGCUCACUCGCUGUAGUAGACAGGCAGCGAACCGAGUUCGUUUGCCGAGUGAACUCGCCAGCGAUGGCCGAGUCGUCAAUAGAUAUUAGUAUGGUGACAAAUUCGGAGAUGGAAGGGGUCCCAUCUUCACAGCCGCCAUCGAACUCAGACGGAGCUACUCAACAAACACUGGAAGAACUGGUGGGCAGAGCCAUUGCUCCAAUAAAGCGAGAGUUUUUGCGACCGCCGCCACCCUCUAGAACCACCCAAAAUGACGCCGCCUCUGACGCCAAUUCCAACGCCAACGCCAAGCAAUCUCAGUCUAGCUUAGUCAAGGAAAAGAAAUCAAAACGACAACUCAAACGAGAGCGUCGUCAGGAACAAAAAUCUUCUUUAAAUCUUUGUCCUGAGAUAGCAAAGACUGGAGAUGUUAAUGCUUGUCCUUAUAAAAAUAAAUGUCGUUUCAGCCAUGACAUACAAGCCUUUAUGGCUCAGAAACCGGCUGAUUUGGAGGGUGAAUGCCCAUUUGUAAGAGCAGAUGCACCCUGCCCUUAUGGUUUAGCGUGCAGGUUUGCGGGCACGCAUAAGGAUGGUGCUUCGGCCGCUAGUGUAAACGUGUUGAAGAAAAGCUCUGAGGUCAAUGGACUAAGCAAAGAUGUUCAGAAACUUUUGUGGAAAAACAAAAUGCGCUUUACCAAAGCAGAUGCUGUAAUCAAAUCUCUUGGACUUACGGGGCCCAACUGGAAAAUAAAGAAGCUUGUAGAUAAGGAGGAAGACAAAGUUGUUUCAAAUGGUUCUCAUGCUGUUAGUGAAACUGAGUGCAAACUGGUGGCCAAUGACUCAGUUGACUGUUCGGAGUGCCCUCCAACAUUUUCACCAGCAGAUAAUGUUGAGGAGGCAUGUGCAUCUGAUGAGCUUAGACCCUCGAAGAAAGCAAAAUCUGUAGUUGAUGAAAAGUGUUGCUCUGAUGAAGUGGAGAAUGAUGCAACUGUUUUGGAGAAGGAUGUUGAAAAAAACUCUACAGAAACUGAAUCUGUUCAUACAGCCGAUGAUAUACUUGCAGAACCUGAUAGGAGCCUCAAGAUACACCCUCGUGAAAAGAAGCUUAUUGAUUUCAGAGAAAAGCUGUAUCUUGCUCCUCUAACCACUGUUGGGAAUCUUCCUUUCCGUAGGGUUUGCAAAAUAUUAGGAGCUGAUGUGACAUGCGGUGAAAUGGCAAUGUGCACCAAUCUUUUGCAGGGUCAAGCUUCAGAAUGGGCUCUGCUGAGGCGACAUUCAUCCGAGGAUUUGUUUGGUGUCCAGAUAUGUGGAGCACAUCCAGACACUGUUGCACGUACUGUUGAACUUAUAGAUAAGGAGUGUACAGUGGACUUCAUUGACAUUAAUAUGGGGUGCCCAAUUGAUAUUGUUGUUAAUAAGGGUGCUGGAUCUUCUCUCCUCACAAAACCAUUGCGUAUGAAAGGCAUCAUUGAAGCAGCCUCUGGCACUGUAGAUAAACCAAUAACUGUUAAGGUGCGGACAGGUUAUUUUGAAGGUAAAAACCGCAUUGAUUCAUUAAUUGCAGAAAUUGGCAGUUGGGGUGCUACUGCAGUGACAAUACAUGGUCGCUCACGUCAGCAACGCUACAGUAAACUUGCUGAUUGGGAUUAUAUAUACCAGUGUGUCCGGAAGGCCCCCAGUAUGCUGCAAGUUUUGGGUAAUGGGGAUAUUUUCUCAUAUUUAGACUGGAAAAAUCACAGAUCUGACUGCCCUGAGCUCUCAACAUGUAUGAUUGCUCGAGGGGCACUAAUUAAGCCUUGGUUAUUUACUGAAAUCAAGGAACAGAGGCACUGGGAUAUCAGUUCGGGGGAGAGGUUGAAUAUUCUGAAGGAUUAUGUGCGUUUUGGCCUUGAGCAUUGGGGAUCUGACCGAAAAGGAGUUGAAACAACUAGGCAUUUCUUGUUGGAAUGGCUUAGCUACACUUGUAGGUAUAUACCUGUUGGUCUUUUAGAUGUCAUCCCACAACGGCUGAACUGGCGUCCUCCGUCCUAUUAUGGACGUGAUGACCUUGAGACAUUAAUGGCCUCUGACUCUGCAGCUGACUGGGUCCGAAUAUCUGAAAUGCUGCUUGGCAAGGUUCCAGAUGGCUUCACAUUUGCGCCAAAGCACAAAUCCAAUGCUUAUGAUCGAGCAGAAAAUGGCUAAUUUUAUGCCAUAUUUAAUUACUGUAUUAUUAAUGAAUCUAAUAGUCCUCAGGUGCAAAUGUUGUGUUUUUCCAUUCCCGUGGCUCGUUCAAUUGCAGAAGUAUAGCCAUUGUGAGUGAAGAAAUUAUUCAGGUGAUAUCGCAAAGCCUUCAAGUGUGUAAUGAAGUUGUUAGUUUAAACUGGUAUGUUAUAUGUGCUUCUAGCUUCUAUAAUUGAAGGGUGUUCAUCUUGCUCCAAAUUUUGUACCGUUUAACCUGUAUAACAUUAAAAUAUGUAAUUGUACGAGAUACUAUUGAUUACAAUUUUUCAUUUGAAUGGUCAAAAUAAAGUUGAGAUAUAGUUUUGAGGGAUCUUUUUGCA